CCUGUCCGCGACGUAUCUACCCGGCGUCAAUGUAUUGGCAGUACAAGAGACAAACGAAUCACCAAAGACAGACCAGACUCCACCAGACAGAUAGACCCACCCACCCAGGAAACAGCCGACCCAGCAACUGAGCAGCAGGCUGUCUACAAUUUACGUUACCUUUGGGCCGGAUAUGCUCGAUAGAGUUUCUGUUGGCUGUAUCUUUAUCGCGGGUUGAUUAAUCACUCCCCGCCAUUCUAAUCAGGUGGAUUUCUUGCCACUCUGUCGUCUUGAGAGCUGGAGAGCCGGAGAGCCGGUGCAUCGUGCGGUCCACUCCCCCCACCCCAAUCCGAGGCGUCCUUCUCAGAGCCAGCCGACGGAGGUUAAAGCCGCCCAGGAUAUUGACUCGAGCUAGCGAGAAUUACAACCUACCUGUUGUUGGUGUUGUUGAAGUUGAUGUCACUGUAGAGGCCGCCGAGUGUUUGAGUGAGUGAGUGAGUGAGUGAUUGAAUGUUCUUGAGUGCAUUGACUUAAUCCUGAGAGUUCACUAUUCUUCUGACUCAUAUUGUUCGGGUUGGGAAGAAGGUGAGUUGACUCACGCCAUGAAGAAGAUUAAAUCCCUUUCGCGCCAUCCCAAGAUACCUUUGCCCUCUACCUAUUUCUCGUCCUCCUCCUUACACUCCUUACACUCCCUCGUCCUCUUUCUCCUCAUCUUACCUUUUCAAUUGUCCGGGUUAGACACAACGGCGAGCGGCCAUGCAUUUAUUAUAUGCUGUUGAAAGUUGCCAAAAGAUCCAAGCUCACAGAGUGACGGGCAUCAUGUCAUCCCGAGGUUCUCCGGCCCCUGGUGGCUCAUCCUCGCCCCGUGGGCGGGGCUCACCCACUGCCAAUGUGUUUGAACGCGCACGAUUGACCCACAAUCUGCCCAAUGACACGGAGGAGGUGCUUGGCGUGUGGGUCUCUGACUGUCCCGGUCGUCGCUCUUUGCCAAUGGCCAUCCAAGACAACUUGCGAAUGCUUUUGGUAAUGGGGGACGAGUGUCUAGCUUGUCACACGGAAGACCUCAAGGACGCUCAGUGCGCUCUCGCCGAUCCGGAUAUGGAGCUUCGGCUCAAAUCUGAACAUGAUCGAUUCCAUAGCAGUUUAAAAGCCAUGAGUCAGGACGAGAUUGCGUCCGCGCUCUUGGUGGACUCGUCCAAGUUGGCUUUAAAUCAAGUGCCGUGCACCUCGUGUCGGAAACGGGUCAAUGAUAUCUUGGCCUUAGUGAUUACCAGCCAUCCGGUAGCCCUUCAUCCGCUCGUGUUCAGUAAACAAGGUGCAAAUUCAGAGCGCCAGUCAGACUUUGUGAGUGUGGACGCUCAUCAUGUGGCUCUACCGGAGGCCUUGGCCAAUUUAUUCACACGACGCUUCUAUUUCUUGUGGCAAAGGUUUGAAGAGGUACAUUUAGCCACACGGAGCAUCCGAUGUCACCUGCACACCCGGCCCAUGAAACCACAACCAUUUUGUUCCUCAUGGUUAGAUGCUUGGCGAGCCAUGGCACCGGAUUGUCAAGCGAAAAUGUGCUCCAUUCCCUUUUCCGAGGUUGAAUUGAGACUAGACGAGUUCUUGAACCGUCACAAUUUCUGCUCGGAAUGCAAGGCCACGGUGAAACUAGCAUGUGCACUUCUCCUCGAGAAGAAAAAGACACCUGUAUCGAUCAGUGACACGUCGGUGGCUAAUACCGACGAUAUCGUGGACGAAAAGAAGGACUACUGUCCGGAAACUUACGCCAACUUGAUCGUGGGGCGACCAACCUGGCUCACAGCUUCGACCGAAGACACCCCUGAAGAUGAUGACGCCCUCUACGUGCGCGUUGAUCUCAACCCGGAUGAAAUCGGACGAAUGCUCGAAACGGCUCACUUGGACAUGUACGGCCACAAAGUGGAGCGGCAUGCCAAGACCAUCGCUGUCGGUCAGCGAGAAGUGUUAUCUUGUAUUGGAACGAUCCUGUACCAGCGGUUCUACGACGCCUCGAAAUUGGUGCAAGACUACUUCAAUAAUUUCGAGGCUUUGUACGUGUUGUCACUGAAGCUACUGAAAGAGUCCCUAGAACAGCAUUUUGAAAGUAAGUUUGGACUCAAGGAGGCUACUCUCCUGAAUGAACUCAACGCUGAGGAGGAACGCAACAAAGCCCGAGCGGUGAAGAAACGUGAGAAGAAGCAAAGGCAACGUGAACGCCAACGUCAAGUCCAGCAAGCAAAAGACGAAAGAGACCACGAUGAGGAGGAUGGUCAGGAAGAAGACAAGAAGAGCGACAUCACCUCGAUUGCCACCACUACCACUACCACCACCACCACCACCACCACCACCACCAUCGACGACGGAUUAGCUAGUCCUGACAGCUGUGCGUCCAUUCAAGAGCAGUUGGACGAAGAUCCUGAGGAAGUUCAAACUCCGGAACAAACACAGUCGCAAGCAGUGACACCCGCAGUGCCUCCGGUGGCCACUCCAACGCCUUCCAAGAAGGCUGCCAAGCAUGCCAAAAAGAACCAGCACACCAAGAAAAGCAAGGCUCCACCUGAGACCAAACCAGAACCGCCGCCACCAUCAGUUCCGGUGCCGGUUCCGGAAUCCCAGAAGGCCGCCGAAGAGUGUGUACCGUGCAAGUUAGUCUUAAGAAGGGAGCAACCUCCUAUUCCUGAUCUCUUCAGUAUCAUUGACGUUUGGAACCAAUCCAAAGAGGUGAACACCAUGAAAUACAUGGAUCCUAAAGAUCCCCGAUCCCGUGGUGAAACUCACAGCGACGAAUCUGAAGUGGACGAAAACGAACCGGAACCAGAUCCUGCGGGAGAACCUUACAUUCCUGAGUCAGAGAUACAGUCGUAUCUGGACAAUAAGAAACGUAUUGAUGAACAACGGUUAGCUAUUCGCAAGAAGCUCACGAUGAACUUCAACCGAAAAUUUGGCCGUAAUCUUAUCAUUGAAAAUGGUGUGAUUUCCACGAAUCCGGCUGGGUCAAAUGAUCUGUGAUCAUUUGAGCAUUAGCGGUUAACAGGACCAUUUUGCCUUGUCAAAAAGGGACAUUAUUUUUUUGUAAUAAUUACAUUCUGACCUAAAGUGACUGAAUGUAAA